GGAGGGUAGAGCGCGCGCGACGCAAGCUGCGCCCGCCACUGUGUUCUCCGAGCAAAGGCAUACGGACAGCGCGCGGGAGGAGAGAGGAGUGAGCGCAAGACUGACUCCCCGCCGAACCUCUUCACCUUUCAAGGGGGACUGAUCCAGAAAGACUCAACCCAACACGUAGCACUCAUCAUCCAACAUCUCCAAGGGUCAUGCUUCUCUUUUAGAUCCUGUGUUUUGGACUAGUGAGGCGGUUUUCAGGGCCCCUGUGGACCGGGGGCUCCACCAUGGGCAUGUGCGGCCGCAAGGCACUGACCCUGCUGAGCAGUGUGUUUGCGGUGUGCGGCCUGGGCAUGCUAGGCGUGGCCGUCAGCACAGACUACUGGCUGUAUCUGGAGGAGGGCGUGGUGCUGCCCCUCAACCAAAGCACAGAGACACGCAUGGCCCUGCACUCAGGCCUCUGGAGGGUCUGCUUCAUCGCCGGGGAGGAGAAAGGACGCUGCUUCACUAUAGAGUACAUGAUGCCCACCAACGGCCAGCUGACCUCAGAGUCCACUGUCAGCGUACUCAAGAUGAUUCGCUCCGCCACGCCGUUCCCUCUGGUUAGCCUCUUCUUCAUGUUCAUCGGUUUCGUCCUCAGCAACGUGGGCCACAUACGGCCUCACCACACCGUGCUCGCCUUCGUCUCUGGAAUCUUCUUCAUCCUGUCAGGUCUUUCUCUGGUGGUCGGUCUGGUGCUGUACAUCUCCAGUAUCAACGAUGAGAUGCUGAACCGGACCAAGACCUACGAGACCUACUUCAGCUACAAGUAUGGCUGGUCCUUCGCCUUCGCUGCCAUUUCCUUCCUGCUGGAUGAGACGGCGGGUGUCAUGUCGGUGUACCUCUUCAUGAAGCGCUACACAGCCGAGGAGAUGUACCGCCCCCACCAGGGCUUCUACCACCCCCGCCUCAGCAACUGCUCCGACUACUCGGGCCAGUUCCUGCAGGGGGACGUCCCGGACGGGUCGGCAGUCCGCGGCCGCAGCCCCUCUGCCGUUUCCGAGGCCUCCAUGCCCAUGAGCGGCUCCUCCUGCGGCCACUACCCCGCCCUGCUGCGCUGUCCCGAGUACCAACACAUGACCUCCUCCCACUGCUGAGCCGCCGCCGGGGGGGUUGCGUUUGCAUGCGGGUGUGUGUGUGUGUAGGUGCGUGGGGGUGUCUGUUUGCGCGCGUGUGUGCGUGCGCAUGCACCUGCAUGUGCGUGUCUGUGUGUGAAUGGAUGCCUGCGUGUAUAUAUGUGUGCGCGUGUAUGCGUCUGCGUGAGUGUGUGUGUCCGUGUGUGUGACCACCAUGUUACUCUAUUAGUAGCCAUGCCACGGUGUGACUUGUGAUUCCUGAGUGUUCUUGCUGUGGAGGAUGAGCUGGUCAGGUUGUCAUGCUGGGGGUCGGCCAGCAGGGGGCGCCCGUAGUGUAGGAACGCCCACCAGGAAAUGGUGGACGUUAUGGAGAUGGAACCAUGCCAAUAGUCAGGGGGCCAAUUCUGAAAAGGGCUUCCGUUAAGACUUUUGCGGACAUGUUUUGUUACAAGCUGUCACCCUAUUUUUUUUAGUUAGAAGACACCCAUAUGUAAGAUAUUAGGGUGGUUGUCAAGCUGAAAAAAAUUGUUUGUGACUUUUACCAGCAAUUUCAGGCCAACUUUUUGGUUUCCUUCUCAAUACGACAUGCCAACAAUAAAUGUUGAAUAUCUCCACAACCACAAGGACCAUAUGCAUAAAAUGUGGUAUCAAAUGAAAGCUAACACUCAUGGUAUGUCUGCUGACAAGUCAGAAUGAACAUUUAUUGUACAGUUUGAGAGAAAGUAGAACUAGAACAUGAAAAAAACAAUCUCCGUCUGAAGAGAACCAGUUUUCAAAGUGAAUAUCAGCUUGGAAACAUAACAAAGUAUCCCAAAACCUCUAUAAAUCAGUACCCCUAUCUAUGGGAAUGAGUCAUGCCAAGUUUAAAGCUUGUAGGGAGAGCCAGUGCAAUGCUGAACAAGUCAUAAUAAUUAAAUGUCCAGGCUAGGGAUGGGCAUUCGUUAAAGUUGUCUUAGUCGAUCGUCAGGAGAAUUAACGAUCAAUUAGUCGAUUAAUCGUUAAUAUUUUACAUUAAAAUUAAAAAUAUAUAUAUAUUCAAAAUGAAAUGAAAAUACAAAUGCAGCGUGUUUUCCUCAUUGAGAUCUUUAUUAUUCGAUGAACAACUCAGUUAAACCAGAUCCGUUCAAUAGUUAUGGACUACUCUGCUCUAAUCAACGGAGCAUGCAGCUCGAAGCCGGUGCUCAUAAACAUAACAAAAAAUAAAUACAACCCUAGUUUCUUCCCAAAAUAAUAACAAUAAUAAUAUCAAAAAAACAAUCAUGUUAUAACUUAACCAACCAGUCUACGGAUUUUUGUCCAGAAAGAUGAGCAUGUUGACAUGCUCUGGGGUCAGACACGACCGCAGCCUGGUGACCGUCAGUCCAGCCGCCGAAAACACCCGCUCUGAGGGGACCGACGUUGCCGUGAUGCACAAAUACCUCCGUGCUAACUUGGCAAGGCGGGGGAACAACUUUCCACAAUCCAGGGGCUCAGAAAGUUCUUUAUUUCUGCUUCGAUGCUAACCUUGCCUUGAGUGGUAGGCCUAUAGUGCUCCCCAAGAAGUCAUUUUUUAAAUCAUAAUGGUCCCACACCAGACUUCGCCGUGGCCUCGUCCGCUUCAUGAUUACAUCGCCGUGUUACAAUAUCCAUACUAUCCGUACUUACUAGUCUAAGUUUGAGUACGUAGGGCGUUCCGAUUCAGAUCGGGCGAAAAUAAGUUUACUGAAAACGGUCAAAUCGCGAAGUGUGUGGCGACGUACACUUUUCGUACUCAACGGCAGCCAUCUUAGCUACGUAGCGGAAAAGGGCUGAGCCAGGCUGAGCCGAAGUCGGCGCAUUUUCCACAUAGCCUGCAUUAAUAGUCAUUUUGUAGUUUUUAUAGCUUUUUAUAGCUGCUAG